UUUGAGUAGAAGCUGUCGACGCGAAUGGUUCGAGUAACUUCUAAUUUCUAAACAUUGUGAAAUUGCGAGCAUAUAAAAUCUUAAACACAAAAAAGCUUAGGAAAAUUUCACUGCAAUUGCCGGCGAUGUUGUUCCUUUGGAAAAGCUUUCAGCCCUAUAUAUUUACCAGCGAAUCUGUUGUCUAGAAUCAUUCCUGUAGGAACACUCAUUGAGAACGUUUGCCUCUUUGCUUGAAUAAAUAAAAUUCUAAAUAUUCUUAAAAUGGCACCAAACAUUCCCUUCUUGACUCUCAAUGACGGCAAUAAAAUGCCAGUAAUUGGCAUUGGCACCUGGCAGGCUUCUGACGAGGAAGUUGAAACUGCAAUCGACGCUGCUCUUGAAGCGGGCUACAGACACAUUGACACAGCUCCUAGAUACCGCAAUGAGAAGGCGAUUGGACAAGUCCUUAAACGUUGGUUGGACUCCGGCAGAGUGAAGCGUGAAGAACUCUUCAUUGUGACCAAGCUGCCACUUAAUGCCAACGCUCCCAGUGACGUUGAACCAAUCAUUAGGAAAUCGCUGGCUGAUCUGCAGCUGGACUAUGUGGACAUGUUUCUCAUUCACUCGCCCUUCACUUUGAUCGCCAGUGAGGACGGUGGAGUUAAGAAGGAUGAGCAAGGACUAAUGAUUCCUGAUUUGAGAACAAAUCAUGCCGCUACUUGGGUUGAAAUGGAGAAGUUGGUUCCUAAUGGACUGGCCAGGUCCAUUGGAAUCUCUAACUUUGACCAGGAGCAAGUUGGACGUCUUUUGAAGACCGCCAAGAUUCGUCCAGCCACCAAUCAGAUCGAACACCACGUUUAUCUCCAACAGAGAGAACUAGUCGACUUCUGCAAAGCUGAAGGAGUCGCCAUCACUGCCUAUUCUCCCCUAGGAUCCAAGGGUCUCGCAAAGUUGAAUGCUAGCGUUGGCAUAGCUCGUGAUUUGCCCGAUCUUAUGGACAUACCUGUUGUGAAAGAGAUUGCUGCUGCUCAUGGCAAGACUCCAGCUCAAGUGCUUCUUCGUUGGGUCAUUGAUACUGGUGUUAUAGCUAUUCCUAAGAGCUCGAGUCCAGAGCGUUUGAGGCAAAACUUUGACAUUUUUGACUUUAAACUGACGGAAGAGGAAAUAGCUAAGCUCUUAAAACUGGAUCAAAACUUCCGCAUCUGUGACAUGGCUUUGCUUCGUGGGGUCGAACGUCAUCCCGAGUUUAGAUUCAAGAACGAAUUUACACAGUAAACUGAAUUUUACAUAUUAAGCGCCAGUAUUUCUUCA